AUGGCAUUAUAUCAUGGUGAUAUUAGUACAAGAACGAGACAAAAACUUGAUGCUCAACAAAAACCAGGUGAUAAAAAUGUUGAUAGUGUAGCGUGGGGACAAAUAAAAUCCUUUGAUUUUGUUUGUACACUUAUCGGUUUGUAUGACAUAUACAGUAUACUUGUAGAAGCAUUAUUAUCGGUGCAACAGCCAAGUAUUUUAUCUAUUCUAGAAUUUGAUUUAGAUAAAUCAGUUCAUUCAAUAGCUGCUGAUGAUUUUGAUGCUGAUGAAGAUAAUAAUUUUCAUCGAAAUGCUUUACUCUGGCAUACACAAUAUAAAGCGAUCGAACGUUAA